AUCGCGGCACCGAAAACCUAUUCGACUGUCGACUGAGGGAGCCAUCAUGGACCCUCAUUCCCGGUUCUCCCAGUUCGAUAAUAAGCGGAUUCCCAAAGCAGGUCCUCAAUCAUCUAGGCCGAGGGUAAUGGAAUCAAAGGACUCUCCCAAAUCACAAUUACCUCGCAAACCUUCGUCCUCAACUGCUCCUAAUGCAUCCUUGUUUAUGAGACGACCGAUAGCCACAAAUUCUAGGGUAAAGCAGGAUGAAAAGACGCGAAAAGAUAUGUAUCUGUCGUUCGUGAAUAAUGCACUUCAUCAAAAGUCGCUGGGCAUUACUGAAUCCUUCGACGAGCUGGUUAGCCAGUUCAAUCUGAAGCGGUCUCGUGACGGCCUUCCUUUCCCGCAGCCAGCACAACUUAGAUUGUGGAUAUUGGCCUUGUCUCACGUUGUAUCACGAUUGGAGCGUAACCAUGCUGCACUCGUCGAGUCAAUCGUCAAUCUGCCCUGGGCUUCAAUGGAUACAGCGACCGUCAAAUCUUAUACAGUGUUUAUUGGGAUGCUUUUAUCUGCACGACCUGAAUAUCUGUCCUUGAUCCUCAGCAAGAUAACCCAGGGCUUUACUUAUCAAUCUACCAUUCAAAUGCUCACUCCUUCAGAGAAUACUUCAUCGUCAGCUAGCAAUCCGGCUGGGCCUCCUUUGACUAGGAGGAUAAUAUACGAUCGCCUGCAUUAUCUCCUUCAGCAUCUUCUUUCACUUAUACCCACCCUUCCUUCUACCCUUAUGCCGCUGCUUGCGAGAAAUUUUCCUCAUAAACGCCAAAAUACGCGCUCUCAGACGACAUACAUAAAAAACCUGCUCAGAGUAUGCUGGUAUUGCCCAGAGCUUUCAGAUAGGAUCUUGGAACUCGUGAUUGAUAGAGCGAUUCAAAUCGAUGUCGAAAUACAAGCUGAAAUAGAUGACAUCGAAGCAGAGAUUAGUGAUGGGAAAGGACAAUCGUCCGACAUCUUUGACAUUGAUUUGGAUACUGUCAUCGGCCAGGAAACCUCAGGUGGCGAAUCUGACUCAGAUGACUCGGAUUCGAGUGACGACGACGAAGACUUCAGUGACUUGUCCUCAGAAGGCGGGGGCGACUUUGAUGACGAUACACACAAGAGAACAGAUUUACCUAUGGACGUUAAACACAUAGCAGAGAUGGCAAAGAAGCUUGAUGCGAUAUUGGUGCUUGUCUUUGAACAUUUUCAGCGAUUUAUUGGAGAUCAACCUCCUUCAAUGCCACUCCCGUCUUCAAGGCCUAUAGCUGUCACUUCUGGUGGCUCUUCGCCUUUGCCUGAGCUUCCGCCGCUGGAUUUUCCAAACACCAUGAUUGUUGGCAUCCCCUCUCUGAUUAAUCUGUCGGAUUUCCCCUCCAUUCAGUCGAGGUCACCCACACCUACCCCUGCUUCAUCGACCAAGGAUCCUUAUGUUUCUUCCUAUAACACACAACUUCAGGCCUCAGUACCGUCUGAUUUAUUGACGCCAAAGCCUUCGCUCUCCGGAAGCUCUUCAUCUUCCCGAUUGCAGAGUUACUUCCCUACCCUUCUUUCCAUCUUUGAUCGCCUCAUUCUUCGCACAUUCAAAUCUCGCUACACGCAAUUCCUACUCUUCUGGUACACAUCGCUUGAAGUCGAGUUUGCUGACGUUUUUAUGGGGAUGUUAGUGGAACGUGCGCUGUAUUCGGCCCCCCCUUCUCUCCCUACAUCUUCCAUGAAUCCAAGCACAACUUCGGCGUCUAGUGGAGCUCCUCCUGCAAUAACUCGUACAGCAGCAGCAUCUUAUAUUGGUUCUUUCGUGAGCCGAGCACAUAUUGUUGAUGGAGCUGGGACACGACGUGUUAUGAGUGUUCUGUGCGAGUGGCUGGAGGCGCACCUGGAUGCGGUAGAUCGGUUGCUCUUACUCCCUUCGUCUUCUGAUCUGCGUACUGGCAGUACUAGUACGAGCACACCCAAUAUCCUAGGAACACAAAACAGUGUGUUUCAUGCCGUGUCACAAGCGGUUUUUUUGAUAUUCUGUUUCAGAUGGAGAGACCUGUUAGUUGACAUAGGUGACAGCGAUUCUCAGUCGCAACCCUCCUCCCUCAUCACGACCUUCCGCGAUCCGGCUUUCUCCACUGAUCCACCGACUACAGGUCCAGGUCUGGGCCAGAAAUGGCUUCCGCAGCUCAAUGUUGUGCGACGUGUGAUUACUUCUGUCAUGAAUCCUCUCAGAGUCUGUUCGCCUGCUGUUGCGGGUCAGUUCGCUCGAGUAGCACACGCGACAGGAUUUGCCUACUGCUAUUCGAUUCUUGAAUCGAACAAGAGGGUCGGCGAUAAUGAUGAUGGGAGUGGAGGAAAAUCACAACUAUUAGGUGUGGAUCGUGGGCUCAAUGCGGAGCUCAAUACGUUCUUCCCAUUUGACCCUUAUGCAUUGCCAAGGUCCAAUCGCUUCAUUGAAGACAAGUACAGGUCGUGGGCGGAUGUUGCGAUAGAUGAUGAUGAAGAGAAUGAUGACGAAGACGAGGAUGAGGAGGAAGAAGAGGAUGGGAAUAAGGACAAUAAUGGCAACGUUGCUGGAGGGGAGGAUCAACGUAUGGCAGUAAGCGUCGAACAAGACGGACUUAGAAAACUCGGCAUAACAUCAUCGUUCGAUGCGAUGAGCAUCAGUCCCGCACGGCCUGGAGUGCAAGCAGCUUCUGAACAUCGAACAUAGCAAUCUCUCUUAAAGUAUCUGUCGCACGGCUUGGUUGGUUAGUUUCGUUGUUUUGCAUUUACUCACUGUUGUACAUCGCAUGAUAUCUUUAUUUGGAUCUUUCGCAGGACCAGAUUGCUACCGCCUCCUAUGUUAUUAUAUCUCAGUCAGGAGCACUUGUCAUUUCUGAUACCAAUAGGAGGCGAUUCGAAGUAUAAAAGGAUUGUGAGAGUCAACUUCCUUUGACAUGGCCGUUAAAAUUAGGAUCCCGGACCUACCUGUUGAGAUUAUACAGAAGAGCAUCAAUCAGAUAUGGCUCUCCCCUCUUCUGCUACACGAUCGAAUAACUCUUAUUCGAACUUCCUACUUCGUCUCCAAACGUUGGGCGACACUAUUUGAAGAGAUAGAAACAAGGGAUGUCUUCAUUGUCAGUCCCUCCCAUGCACGGCGAUUCAUAUUCAUAUCCACCUCAGACGCAAAUACACGGUGUAUCCCUAACUAUUUUACGUGCAGAUCCAUCACAUUCCAACACCGUCACAAAACCAUCUUACCCUUGCCCUCGACAUACACCGAGCUUCAUAUGGUGUACGCCGUAAACGAGCUCCUGCAUCACCUCUGCUUCGCAGAUGAGAAAAUCGGACUGCGAAGCAUUGGCUUCCAACUCGAAAUUUACCUAAUGGAGUCGUUCUUCC